UUUAGUUGUGGAUUGUAUUUGUAGUUAUACCGGUUAUCAAUUACGAACAGAAAAUAACUUUAUUUUACAGGUUAAAGAUAUAUGAAUGCAAUUGCAUAGUAACUUAAGAUGUUUGAAGAUCACCAACCCAAUUAUACAGAAUUUGUUUCUGCAUGGAAAGAGACUAGAGCAACACAAAAUAAUGAAUCUCAAACUGAGGCUCUUUUGACAGCUACUGAAGAAACACAAGUCCCUGAAAAGAGUGAAGUUGAAAUUCAAACAGAUGAAAACAAAGAUGAAAAACAUUUUAACAUUGACAAUAUGAGCAAUCCAGAACUUAUUUCUGGAGUUUUACAGUUUUUGAAUAAAGUAACAGAUGUUAUGUGUGCCCAGCUGGAGAAGAAUAGCCGUAGUCAUGCAUUUGAUCGUUACACCUUGAGAUCAGAUCUUGAGUAUGGAAACACAGAUUUAAAGCACACUCUGGUAUAUGAACCUUUACUUAAAGAUUCUGAAUUUCAGUGUUCUGAUUUGUCAUGGAAUUCCACUGGGACGUUACUUGCAGUUGGAUAUAGUUCUGUGCUGCAUGAUGAUUGGUGUACCCAUGAUUCAGCAGUCUGUUUGUGGAACCUUCAUCGAAGAGAUUUCAACAGUAGAAAACCAAACACUGUCAUUGAAACUGAUUGUUGCCUUACUUGUUUAUCUUUUCAUAGUAACCUUGCCCCUGUCUUAGCUGGAGGAAAAUUUAGUGGUGAAAUUGUUCUGUGGAAUACAGGAAGAGAAGAUGAUAUGACCUUAGCCACGACCGGAGCAGUAACAGAUAGCCAUCAUGAAGCUAUAACUAGUUUACACUGGAUUCCCACACAUCAAGACCAGUUUUCCUUCAUUAGCACCAGCUUGGAUGGAAAAAUCCUGUUUUGGAAGAUAAAUGACAGAAAUCAAUCUCUUGAAAUUAAAGAUGGGUUUAUUUUAUUGGCUGACCAUUUACCAAGAAAUUUGGGAAUUAAAAGCACCCGUCCUGAUUCUGAGGUUGGAAUCACUAGUAUGUCUUUAAAUUCAGAGGAUCCAUCUAUUUGUUUGAUUGCAACUGAAGGGGGAGGAGUUAUCCAAGGUUCCUUUAAUUCCCAAUCUGUAGCAGGAUAUGGAGCAUCAUCUUUUACACUGAAGAAUCCAGUAGUAAUGAGCUUUACACCUCAUCGAGGGUACAUAGGCUCUAUCCAGUGUUCUCCUCAUACUCGAAACCUGUUUUUGACAUGUGGAAGUGAUGGAGAACUCAGAAUUUACAGUCUUCUCCAGUCCAAACCUGUCCUUACAAUUCAAUCACCUGUUGGGUUUCAAAAAUCAUGGUGGUCUGUAGUGCGUCCAUUGGUCAUCAGUACUGUUACAGCUAAUGGGGAACUUCAGAUAUAUGACCUACAGGCUAGUUGUUCUGCUCCUGUGUCAUCUUUGUCAUUUUCUCAGAACUCCUGUUCAGGUACAGCUCUGCAGUUUAAUCCACAGAGUUUUGAACUUUUAGCAUCAGGAACGUCUGAUGGAAAAGCACAGGUGUGGCAACUUGGAAAUCAAUUGGUGGCUUCUGGUGUCCAGGAAGUGGAAAAAUUGAAUGACAUUGCAAAAACAACAAAUGAUUAAGAACUUGAAAAAUUAUGCUCAUUUAUUAUAAAUUAUUGGAGAUAUCUAUAAUACCUAACUUACAUUUACUGUUCUUAUUGGGAAUUCAUAGUUCACAGUUUGUUUUUCAUACACCUAAAAUUCAGCCUCACUAAAAUUUAUUAUUGCUGAUUUGAAGAACAUAAAUAUACAUUCAUCAUAAAGUCUUUGUUUUAUUUAAAAUCCAAAUUGAAAAAUAUAUAUAAAAAUCAUGAAGUGACCACUCAUUUGAAGUUCACAUAAAGUUUAACCUUUUACUUUAUUGAAAAUAUUCAUUGAAGCCUCUUACCAAGAAAUUUGUCCUACAAAACUCUUCUAAAAACUCAAGCUUUUAGUGAAACAUAGUUAAGUAAUUGUUUUAAUAUUAAUCAAAGAAUAAAACACUUCUGCUUAAAAACAACAUGCAUUUACAUGUAGAUUUUUAAAUACAUAGAGAGGUAACCAUUAUAAUAAACUAGAUCCUUAGUAUAUUGACUUUAUGAAUGUUAAGGUUUUUUUUAACCAAAGUGCUAUCUUGGAGGUAAAAAGAUAGCAAACUGUACGAAAAGCAAACUAACUGUGCAAUAUUGAUAAGAUUUACCUAAUCAAGAAACACAUGUGAUGUAUUUUGUGUGUAAUCAGAUGUUAUUCUUAUAGUACGUGGAUAUACUAUGUUUACACUGUGGACAUUUGAUGUUACGUUGAUUUGUCAUGCAGGUUAAAGAAAAAUAAAACUUGUCUGUUCAAAGCAGCUGCACAGGAAGUUUCUUUGACAGUAGUAUGUAGUUAAUAUUAAAGAAAACUUAAUUGACAGUUUAAUAUAGGAGAACAUCUGGUGUAUACAUAUUUAUACUAUUGUAAAACACAGAAUGACCCCAAUCAUAAUUGUAGCUAGCCUAAUGUUUUUCUUGAAUCAAUUACAACAGGUUAGGUGGUUGCUUCGAGUACUAUUAAGUGUUGGGGGGAGGGUAGUUUGGAAAAUGAGGCUACUGAUAAUACUUCUUUAUGAACUAUCAAUAUCAUUGAACUGCAAGUUUAAGCUUAUAACUUGAAUCAUCCUCCGGCUUUUGUCAAUGUUGAACUUGAUGUAUGAAGACUUGGUUAUCAGGACAAUAUUCGAAUAAGCAUUAUAUUCUCUUCUAAAUAUGUGCACAGCUACAUUCUGUUGUCUAAAAUAAGUACUGUCAUUCAACAGUAAUAGAAAGAAUGUAUUAUUAAACUCUUAAAGCAUAUGUUUUUAUAUAGUAUACAAAAAUUAACCCUAAAGUGCACUGAUGUGGUUGCAGUAAUAAAGCUAUACAAAUUUUGUACUUGCAUAUUACUUGAUUUGCUAGUUAGUUUUUUUAUCUAAGGAUGAGAAACUUAAAACAAAGUUCUGUAAAUAAUUAAUAUAUGUAACUUUGGAAUUAAUUUCUUUGGUGUGUGUAUAUAUAUAUAUAUAUAUAAUUCCAAGGUGAUACAUUUUAGCUUUUAGUCAUCAGGAUAGCAGAAAUUUUUCUUUGGAGAGAGAGACUGUGUGUAAUUGUAACAUAUUAAACAUAUUUAAGUAAUAUACACUUAACUGUUUCCUGUAGUGUGUUUUCUUUUACUAGUGAACAAUGAAUCAAACUAUUGAUUAAAACUAUCAAACAAAAGUUGUUGGAAACAUAAAAUGCUAUUUUUACAGUACUGUUGGUUAUGCCAAUAAGAGAUUUUAUGGCCAAUUGUAGCAACUCUAAGAAAUGACAAGAUUUCUGGAUUACUUAAGUAUAAAAUAUAAAUGUAAUCAGUGCUGUG